AGAUAGAUACAUUGGCAAUCUCCGUUCAUUCUCCCUGUCAUCAAAAACUGUUAACUGUAGCUAAAUGAAAUUUUAAUAAUCGAAUAUCGUGCUUUGACACUCAGAAAAAUAGAUUUGGCCGCACUCGUCUGUCAUCGAUAAGUAUAAAAUUAUAUUAGGUUCGUGGAUUUCUUUGCUUUCGUUUUUCUGCCAUGACUCUGAGUAUGUCUCCAUCUGCGGUGUGCCAGUGCUUCACGCUGGUGUCCCUGUGCACGUCCAUUGCCGACCCCAACUGGAUCCAAGUCAGAAACAGUACAGACCCCGAAGGCAAACAACUCAUCUAUGGAGUGGCCUUCACACUGCAUGCUGCCCAGAACCUCACUGACACAGGUCCUCUGGGUGGCAUAAAUGGCUGGGGGAUGUGGCUUCUCUAUGUUAUGGCCGCUCUGUGCUACAUUGCUGUCCUGCUCUCUAGCUCCUCCUUCCUAUUGGACUUCCUGGGAGCUGGGAUGUCCCACCCUCGACUGGUGUUGUCACUUCACAUUUCCACAGUGGCGUUCCUCCUGUCUGUGCUGGGAGUGUGUGGGGCCUGCCUCUAUGUCAUCUACUGCAACCUUCAGGAGGACAAGUUUGUGCUAAUGGGAGACUGGGUAGGAGGCUGGACCUGGCCGAGGUCUGGCUUCAGGAGCCGUGGACGCGGAGGGUCCGCGGGUAUGCAGCUGUACCCUGGGGAAAGUUUCUACAUCGCCAUGCUAAGCCUGCUCUUCUCCUGCGUGGGCUCUGUGAUCAGCCUGAGAGGCCCCGGGAACCCCGCCUCCACCCAGAGGGAGCACACCGCUGUGGUGGAAGGAGACGACAGUGACACAGAGCCCCUCAUCCCCAGGGGGCAUGGAGUGGGACAGUCUGACAAAGACAGCAGGGGGGAGGAGGUGUUCCCUGAACUGACCCAGGGGGAGGUGGAUACGGCUGAAAGGCUUUCUGUUUGAAUGUGUGGCCCAAAAGGUAAUCUGAAUUGGUAGAAUGCAAACCAGGACCACGCUUGCUCUGUAACAGACUUCAUUCAGCAGCAGUGCUGGCCCUUUCCCUGGGCUUGUGUUGGUUCCUUAUUACUAAUGGAAUCCAGUUAUGCGCAGAAAAAUACAUUUUAUUGAUUUCACUGUUUGUCUGCCUGAGAUAUGCCUUCUCGCCGUGGGUCUGUGUUUCCUGCCGUUACAUAUCAAGGAGUAAAAAAAAAAAAAAACAAAUUUCUUACCCUUGUGGGAGUUUAGGUUCAGAUUCUCAAACUCAACCCAGGUCAGUGGUACUUAAGCUUACUGUUAUAUUUGAAGAACUGUGACAUAAUUGUAACAUGGUUACUUUUCUGUCUGCGUGACCAGGGAAUGUGAGGGGCUCUUGUAUUGUUUUGUAUAAUUAUAUGCUCUUCCUGCUCUUGUAGUUGAACAUGUCCGGCACUUGCAUUGAAGGGAUAGUUAUAACUAUCAUUAAUGGGCCUGUUCCCGUUCAUGGCAGAAGUAACCAUUGGGGUGUGGUUAGGUCAGUUAAUAGUUGUACCUGUUCAAAGCAAGGAAACAAUUUGGGUUAAGAAGAAGUUCAGACAGUGCAUAAUGUUGCACUAUGGUGUUUAUCACUUUCAAGGAGGCUAUGGAACAUCCUUCACUGGAUCUGUGUAGUUUGUACAUUUUAGUUUAACCUGGUAUGCUGAUGAAGAACUAAUUCUCAUUCACAGUAAUACAAUCAGGAUAAUCUAUGAUUUGAAUUUAGGUUUCGACUAACUAUCUGACUUUUAGCCAAUAAGCUUCAGCCCUUACCAUUGAUUUGAACGUCAUCCAUUAAAGGGUGGCCCAUACAAACAUCAUCCAAUGAGGUUGUAGGAUGACCCCAAAGCCUCAGUGGCAUUCAAAACAACAGGAAGUUAUGUUUUUUAGGGGAAACUAAGAUUAUGUGGAAGUCGCCUCACAGGUUCACAAGUUUGGCCAAGUAAGCAGGCCUUCUGACUUAGUGGCUAUUGUAACUGGUGACGAACUACACGCCUCAGGCACUUCUAUAUUUGGUUAUAAGCCCCCAUAGUAGGUUAGAGGCCUCUAGUGGCCAAAAUGUAGUUUUAGUAUAGGUAUUCUCACUGCCAUUCAAAAUGGAGACUGCCUCAAAGGCAUCUGGAUUAUGGGGACCAUGUGAGUUGUUUAUCAGACAGAGCAACCUUUCUGGCUCUGGUGUGCUUCGUUCAGAAAUACAGAACUAUUUGCCAUUCAAUAGGACUUGAUAUACUAUUGAAUAUUUGUGUACCUAAAUGUUUCUGGUUUCAUAACAAACAAUAUGCUAUUAGUCGCCAGACUUGGGUUUAAGUAACUAUAUUUGAGUGGUAGUAUGUUUUCAGAUACACAGCACAAAACGAGAGCAUGAAAUGCAUUUUAAUGUUGUAAAUAUACAUCUAACUUUUUGAUGAAUGCGUUCAUCUUAUUUUGGUGAUUUACUGCCAACUAUAGUGCUCGAGUUCUGAACUAGUUCUUGUCAUUCCUUUAUUGGGAACUCUAGAUGGUGUUAAAGACAAACCAUAACCCCCGAUUUAAAGAAGACAAAGCACUGAUCAUUGGCUGCUUGUUUCCAUUGGAUCCCCCACCCAUCUCAGGACUUGUGGAAGGUUGUUCAAUUCAGCCUUGUCUGGGUUUGGGGCUUAAUAAUGUAAUAUAGACACCUUGUCUCAUCACAAUCUAGCAACUGCUUAUGGCAGCUUGGGUGCCUGUAAACUCAGUCAAGGUAUAUGUCAGUUUCUAGAUGGUAGAUUAAAUGCUGCGGUAAAUGGUGUUGGACUGCCAAUAAGGGGCACUCUCUGGUUUUAAAUAUCAAAUGUCAAGCCCCAUGUCAGUGAAGGCGACAUUGUUUUGUGUAAGGUGUCAUCUUUUGGAUUUAAACCAGUGUCCUGACAUUGUGAUCACUUACUGCAGGAGAAGGGGUGUUUACAAUGUGUCGACAGUAGACAACAAGCUACAAAUACUGAUCAAUGUGGAAUUUCAAGAUUUAAAAAAAGAUUUUCAACAGAAAUCUGCUAAAAUCUCUUUAAAUGUUUAAUGCUUCUUGACAGAAAAUGCCAAAGAUUAUGUUUAUUCCUGGACUAGGAAGCAUGUUCGUUGGACUUCUUUUUGUUCAAGACAAGGCUGAAAGACUUGUUCCAGCACUUUGACUAUAUACACUGAACAAAAUUGUAAACACAACACUUUUGUUUUUGCCCCCAUUUAUCAUGAGCUGAACCCAAAGAUCUGAGACUUUCUUUGUGUACAGAUCCUUGCAACAUGGGGCCAUGCAUUAUCAUGCCACAAUCAACAACCCGAUCAGCUCUAUGCGAAG